AUGGGAUUUGGUGAUUUCGACUCGAUCUGCUCCAAGGCAGCACUACCACUGUGCUCCUUGGUGGGCCCGGCAUCCCCGAUAUCAGGCGAUACUGGCAUUAUCCCCAACUGCUAUGCCCGCAAUAUCGAAUUAGCAAACACGAUCAUUUUUGAGGGAGCAGCUUCUUUCUUGCACAUCAUUGCGCUGGCGAUGACAGUAAUUAUGAUUCUGCAUAUCAGGUCCAAGUUCACCGCUGUCGGCCGCAAAGAAAUCAUUACGUUCUUUUAUAUCUACAUGCUUCUGACUAUGUGUUCUUUGGUUAUCGAUGCCGGUGUUGUGCCUCCGAGAAGCGGCCCUUUCCCAUACUUCGUCGCUGUUCAAAACGGAUUGGCCUCUGCGCUGUGUACCUCUUUGCUCGUCAACGGCUUCGUCGGUUUCCAGCUCUACGAGGAUGGAACCGCCCUGUCGGUCUGGCUCAUCCGGUUAACAUCUGUAGCGAUGUUCGCCGUUUCGUUCGUUGUAUCUCUUUUGACUUUCAAGUCCUGGGGGGGUCUCAGCCCCACCAACACCAUCGGCCUGUUCGUGGUCCUGUACAUCCUAAACGCGAUCUGCAUCGCGGUAUACCUCGUCAUGCAGUUACUGUUGGUCAUGAAUACUCUCGAGGACCGCUGGCCCCUGGGUCACAUUGCUUUCGGUCUUCUCGUCUUCAUCUGUGGUCAGGUGCUUCUUUAUGCAUUCGGUGACACUAUCUGCGACAAUGUCCAGCAUUACUUGGAUGGUCUGUUCUUUGCCACUUUUUGCAAUCUUUUGGCCGUCAUGAUGGUUUACAAAUUCUGGGAUUACAUCACCAAAGAAGACCUCGAGUUCUCCGUAGGCAUCAAGCCCAAUACUUGGGAAGUCAAGGAACUGCUGCCCGAGGAAGAACGCCGUGCAACCUACCAGGAUGCGAAUUCGGAGUACGCCGGUAGUGUCUACCACCACCACAACCACCACCGGGCAUCUACCUUCAACGCCCAAAAUUACCAAUAA